UCCAGGAGGGCCCAGCUCAUACCUAAUUCAUGGUGCCAAGAGUACGCCGCAGAGUUCUAGAAUUCAAGCCUGGUGGUCAUGUAACUUUAGGCUCUUCUCUUCCCAGGUGAAUCCCAACUAGGAGUCAGGCGGGUGGAAACCCAACUGCAGGCCACAGACAGAGCCAGCCCACUUUAGGUGGGGGAGGGGGACCUGAAUACUGCCUCAUUGUGGUGAGGCUAUCUGUCCUUCCUUGCCUCCCAGUUAACCCCCUCACUAACCAGUCCUCGUGGUUCUGGACUAUAUCCCGGGCAUCUUAAAUUCACACUUUCAUGCAUCUGCACAUACCAUUCCCUGCUCCCACUCAUUCUUCAAAACCAUGACAACCCACCCCAGGCAGAAGAUAUUACACCCAUCCUUUAAACACAUCCCUGCUGUGGUUACCAGUUUCAGCACAGCCUCUUCAGGAUCCACUGAAUGGACGGAGUUAACAUGGAGGCAGAAGUCCCUGAUUCAGAAGACACCCGUUUUCCUGAGCUGAGACGUUUGGCCCCCGAGACCCACCUUCCAGAAACAGUAAGUAUAUACUUGUGCUACUUGAAGGACUUAAGUCCCAGAAGCAGCUAAUGGCUGGGCAAAUCCUAAGUGUUUUAUCACUAAUGGUUAACUGGUGCUUGUAACUGCCCACUCCUUAUGUUUAUUAAGUGCUUACUCUGUACCAGGCACUGUCCUAGUUGGUGUGUGUAUAUAAGAUUUCUUUUAAUCGUCAAAUCAACCUUUUGAGGACCAUUCCUGUUUUAGAGGUGGGAACAUUAAGACUCAAACAAUUUGCUCAGGUUGUCGAAAUUACACAGCGGUGGGCUGGGACAGAGAUCACCACAGCUGCAGGGCUCCAAACUCUUCCAACUCUACCCUUCCACCACGGAAGAGCUGGCUGGGGACAGGGACCAGAACACUUCUCCACAGCCUAAUACUGGCACACCUUGGGAAGCCUCACCACAGCUCUCCCGGAACAGCUUCCUGUCUUAUGCUCUUAAGAGCAUGUCCAGCACGGGGGUGGGGGUGGGGGUGGGGGUGGGUAGGCUGCGCAAGGCGCUGCCGAUUUAUACCAGCUCCCCGCUCCCUUCUCCCAGACCUGGCCUCUGAGGAAUCCGGAUGCACGUGCCACCCUGGCUGCUGCAACCCGUGCCCGCAACUGCCGGUCUGUGAACAACGCCAGCCCUGCGCCAGCCGCCGGACCGGACACUGUACACACUUGAUCUCAGUGAAAACUCCCCCAAACUCUGUGAGGCGGCUACGGCAUCAUCAUCCCCGUUUAUCCACGAGGAUAAACCUCGUGAACGUCAGACACCUGCUCAAGAACUUAGCCGACUUUCAACAAAUGAAACCGUCGGGGAUCAGGGAUUCCCCGGGGCGCCGCCGGGGCCCGGCCUUUUCCAAAGCACGUGCCCGAACCUGCACACUCUCGGGAACGCUAACCUCACAUCCGCUGGGCCCUCCACGUGGACAGGGGCCCGGAGCGGGCAGAGGCAGGCGGAGGAGCGGCGGCGCCGGGGUUAGAGCCCGGCCUCCCGACCCCCAGGUCUUCAGGACGCCCCCGCCCUCCAACCGCCUCCCCGACCCGGAGGUCUCCCUCAGCCCGGGCCCGCGCAGCACUGCCUGGUCGCCGGCUGCGCGCCGUGGCCCGCGCGGGCCCCGCGCAGGGGGCACGGAAUACCCACCUAGGUCCAUGGCGGCGACGCUGGCGGUUGCGCGGGCCGCCCCUCCCCCACCAGGCCGCGAGGGUGGCGUAAGCGUCACGGCACAAUGGGCGGCCCGCGGGGGCGGGACAAUGGGCUGCGCCUGGGUCCUCGCCCGCUGUCUCAGCUCCGGCUCCGCGCGGUCCCCAGCAGACCUCGGCCGCUCCGCGCGCACGCGCGGUCCCACCUAAGCGCCCGCGGCGUCGGGACCGCCAGACCCACAGCGCCCCCUAUCGGCCCGAGGCCUCCAACCGGCCAACAGGCAG